UGUGAAGCAGAUGAUCCCAUCUUUCUUUUCCUUCACCAAUCUUUUUCCCCCCCACGCGCGCUCUCACACACAAGACAGAUACACUGCAAAUCCACAGUGAGUCAAGAACAGAGACAUCAGAGAAAGAGAGAGAUAACUUUUUGAAAAAGCUUCUAUUUUUUACCUUUCUGUUGAUCGCUUUUGGUUUUUCUGUAAAAAGCCAUCUUUUGUGUUGCUCCUUUUUUUACCUGAUAAACAAUUUUCCCUGCCAAAACUUUCUUUCACUUUCUUAUUAAAUUUUAAUAUCUUGGCCGGUCCAGAAAAGCUCUUUGUGCAAAGGUUUCUUCUCAUUAAGAUAACAUAGAGAAAAAAAACAGCAGCCAAUACCUUUUCUUUCUUGUUGUUGUUGUUGUUGAGAUGAGAGCAGAUUUGAUUACAAUACAGCAAACGUUGACGCCGGAAGCAGCGACUGUUCUUAACCAGUCGAUCGCCGAGGCGACACGUCGCAACCAUGGCCACACGACUCCUCUCCACGUGGCGGCCACUCUCUUAUCCUCCUCCUCUGGUUUUCUCCGACAAGCCUGCAUCAAAUCACACCCAAACUCCUCUCACCCACUCCAGUGCCGAGCUCUCGAGCUCUGUUUCAGCGUCGCCCUCGAACGCCUCCCCACUACAACCACAUCGCAAACGCAGGAGCCGCCUCUGCUUUCAAACGCACUAACCGCGGCUUUAAAACGCGCGCAGGCUCACCAGCGGCGCGGUUGCCCCGAGCAGCAGCAGCAGCCGCUUCUGGCCGUGAAAGUCGAGCUCGAGCAGCUCAUCAUUUCGAUCCUCGACGACCCGAGCGUAAGCCGGGUCAUGCGGGAGGCUAGCUUCUCUAGCCCCGCCGUCAAAUCCGCGAUCGAACAGUCGCUUUCCGGUAAUUCCGUUACUCCGAGACAAACCGGGAUAGUUAACACGUCUUCAAUCGGGUUCGGUUAUCGACCUGUACCGGUUCCGGUUAACCGGAAUCCUUACGUUAAUCCCCGGUUACAGCAAAACGUCUCCUCCUCCGGGGGUGGGAUGGUGAUGCAGAGGACAGACGAAGCUAAACGUGUCAUGGAGGUUAUGACCCGGACCCGGAAAAGAAACCCGGUUCUCGUCGGCGACUCGGAGCCUCAGAUUCUCGUGAAAGAGAUUCUAAGGAAGAUCGAGACCGGAGAACUCUCCGACGGACCGCUUCGCGGUUUCCAGGUGAUCCGGCUAGAGAACGAGUCGACGAGGUUCGGCGAAAUCUCCGGUUUAGUUGAGACUCGGUUAGGUAACUCGGAGUUAACCGGUGGUGUUGUUCUCGAUCUCGGAGAUUUGAAGUGGUUAGCGGCGAACAACGGAGGAGGAGGCGGUUUAGGAGCUGUGGUGGAGAUGAGGAAGCUUUUGGAGAGAUACAAAGGGAGGUUGUAUUUCAUUGGUACGGCCACUUGUGAGACUUAUCUACGUUGUCAGGUUUAUUACCCUUCCAUGGAGAACGACUGCGAUCUUCAAGCCAUUCCGAUCGCCAACAAAUCUCUUCUUCUUCCGACCAUGUUCCAAAGGCUUGGGAGCAACAACAACAAUACUUUGUUAUUAAACAGUAACAAUAUAUCUCCGACGAGAACCUCUCAGAUUCCGGCGGGUAAAAUGAGCUGUUGCCCUCGGUGUUUGCAAGGUUAUGAAAACGAUGUUGCUAAAUUGGAAAAAUCGUUAACCGGAGAUAACCGGUCGGUCUUGCCGCAGUGGCUGCAGAACGCUAAAGUUGACAGCGUCGGUGACAAGAAACCUACCAAAGAUCAAGAGAUCGUGGAGUUGCAGAAGAAAUGGAACGACUUGUGUUUGCGUUUACAUCCGAAACAGUCUCCGUCUGAAAGAACAACAUCUCCUUCGUCCUUGUCGUCUAUCAUGAAACCCAACCCAAUAUCGAACAUAACUCCACCAGGGAGUCCGAUCGGUACAGAUUUGGUACUAGGACGACCUAAUAACAAAGGUGUAUCCUCACGGGAGAAGAAGUCUCGUGAAGAGCGUAUUGGAAAGCUAGGAGAUUCUUUUGAUAUUGAUCUAUUCAAGAAGCUACUCAAGGGCUUAGCUAAAAGCGUCUGGUGGCAGCACGACGCAGCCUCUUCGGUAGCUUCAGCGAUUACAGAAUGCAAACACGGAAACGGGAGAUCAAAGGGUGAUAUUUGGUUAAUGUUCACCGGUCCAGACAGAACCGGGAAGACCAGAAUGGCGUCUGCGCUGUCCGAUCUCGUCUCUGGAGGAAGCCAACCGAUAACCAUCAGCCUCGGUUCGCGUUCACGGACCGACGAUGGUUUAAGCCUCCGAGGCAAAACGGCGUUGGAUAGAUUAGCGGAAACGGUUAGGAGAAACCCGUUUGCGGUUAUCGUGAUGGAAGACAUCGAUGAAGCUGAUGUGUUGCUGCGUAACAACGUGAAGCUAGCGAUGGAACGAGGGAGGAUCUGCGAUUCGUAUGGACGUGAGGUUAGUCUAGGGAACGUUAUUAUAAUCCUGACUACGGAUUCAUCGCUCGGUUUAGCGGGGAACGUUGUUCCUAUCGACGAGACGAGACUAGAGAGUCUGGUGGGCAGCAGAGGAUGGACGUUAAGACUCUCUGUUUGCAACGGAAGCAGUACACGUAAACGCAAACCAAACUGGCUUUGCAAUGAUCAGACAAAGCAGAGGAAAGAGAUAUGUUUUGAUUUGAACGAAGCGGUCGAGGUUGAUUCGUCUAGUGAUGUAACGGUCGAGCACAACGAACAAGAGGACAAUAGUAACUUCCUCCACAAGCUAGUGGCGUUAGCAGACGACGCUAUAGUCUUUAGACCGGUCGAUUUUGGUUCGAUCAAGAGCAAAACUGCGGAAUCUUUAAAGAAACGUUUCGGUGACGGUCUCGCGGUGGAGAUCGAAGACGAGGCUCUGGAGAGGAUCGCUGGUGCUAUUUGGCUUAGCAAGAUUAGCUUAGAGGAGUGGCUUGAGGAAGCAAUGGGUUCGAGCUUGAAUAGCGUAAAGUCUCGAGUGUGUUCUUCUUCAGAAGAUUCUGUGAUUAGGAUUCAGUUUGAAGAUGAUGUAAGUGAUCGAAAUUCUGGAGGUUAUCUUCCGAGUAGUAUAAGAACAGUGGUCGUUUGAGUAAUUUUUUUUUUGUUGGUAAGGAGGGGUGGAUUCGUAAUUAAUGAAUUGGGGAAGGGGGAAAGAUGUAAAUAGUGUUAUGUCUCCAAACCGUCUUUGGCGGGGAGAGAAAAGUUCGGUAAACAUUACAGUAAAAAAGAGUUAUCAACGGCUCAGAAUAAUUUACAUCCUUUUUAUGAUA